AUGGCUGCAUCCUCGACACACGCAGCAGGGGAACGCGAUGCGCGACUAGAAAACGAGCGCCUUAGAAAGGAGCUGAGCGGUCUGAGAACAAAAUACAACGGCUUGAAGGAGAAGUACAGAGAGGUGAAAAAACUACGUCUAGAGGGUGUGACGGAGAGGCUAUCCUCAAAACGUACAAGCAGCCAGGCGUCGCUAGACACUUCAUCGGGACUAGCGCUCUUCCCUCGAAUCGUAGACAGCGAUGAAGAAAGGCCGAUCCUUCGUAUUACUAAGCGCCCACGUCUACUUGGUUCUCCCUUUGACCCGACUAAGGCCGUUGCUGCUGGAGCUCUGGCAAGGCCGAUACUGUUCCCAACAAGACGUCCUACUCUGUUUGAAUCUUUCGAUUCUCAUGAGUCGGUGAGCGAUGGGGAGGAACCGGAAUUCCCAUCGACACCAAUUGACGACCACCACCGAUCUGGUCUUCCUACAGCAGCCACGUUCUCUCCCCGGGUGCGAUUUGAUUCGGACAGCAGUCUGGGGAGCAUCAACUUUGGUGCGCCUUCACAAGUUGGACACGGGUCGGAUGAUGACGCGUAA